AUGGGCAGAUCGCCGCACGGCGAUUCAAGCUCCAACAAGCGCAACAGCAUCACCAGCCGACUAUUCGGGUCCCUGAGGGGAUCCCGAGGGGACACAUCGACCGCCUCUCUCGACCGCCGCAGCUCCUUGGUCGGUAGCAAGUCCCACACCGGUGGGAGUGGCAGCGGCGGCAAGCAUCACAGCAGCAGCGGCGGCAAUGGCAGUGGGAGUCCCGUGCCGCGCAUCCGCGAGUGGCUGGACGCGUGCAACCGAGAGCACGACCACCACUGCGCAACCAGCUCGUCCGCCCCCGACCCAGGCACGUUCCGACCUGUCUGGCUCAUCGACUCGGCCGAACGAUGCCUCGUCCGUGCCAAACCUGCCAACCGCUAUGUGGCGCUGAGCUACGUCUGGAGUGCCAGCGGCGCCCCGACCACAACUACGGCCGCCACCGCGUUGGGCACACCAGCGACAUCGGCCGUCAGCCACCACAACCGCCGCCGCCGAAGCGACGACACGUCGUGGCUGCUGGUCAAGGACAACGUCGACGUCUUUGAGGAUGCCCUGCCGGAGGACGACCUCCCGCAAACCGUCAUCGACGCCAUGUGGCUGGCGCGCAAGGUCGGGCUGCGCUACCUGUGGGUGGACAAGAUCUGUGUGGUGCAGGACGACGCCCAGGAGGUCGAGGCCCACAUCGCCGGCGCCGCGUACAUCUUUGCCAACGCCUACCUGACCGUCGUGGCCGCCCACGGCACCAUACACGACGGCCUGGCGCCCAUUCGCCCGCGCAGGCCAGCCAGCCAGAGCGCCACGCCGCCCUCCAAGGGGGCCCACGACAACCUCGUGCGCCAGUCCAAGUGGAGCACGCGCUGCUGGACGCUCGAGGAAGGUAUUUACUCGCGCCGGAGGGUGUACUUCUUCGAGGAGGCCGUAACGUGGCAGUGCCACUGCGACACCUGGGAAGGCACCCCAACGAGGCACCCACGCGGUUCGUCCCGCCGCGAUACCUGCACCAGCACGCUUUCAGACGCCAUCUUUGCCUACCGCCAUGCCCCCUGGCCCGACCUGGACGAGUACGCCCGCAUAGCGAUGGACUACAGCGCCCGCCGCGUCACGUCGGUCGAGGACACAGUGCGCGCCUUCUCCAGCGUGACAAACGUCUUGUCCCGCAUAUUCCCUGGUGGCUUCCUCUACGGCAUGCCCCUCAUGUUCCUGGACAUUGCGCUGCUGUGGCGGCCACAGGCAUCGAUACGUCGGAGGGCCGUCGCGAACCGACCGUUCCUGCCGUCGUGGUCCUGGAUGGGCUGGUGGUUCGACGGCGUGGCGGUGGACCUGACGCUGUGGCGCGCCGCGGCCGACUACCUGCUCGACACCGCGGCCGAGCGGGCGGGCAAGUCGGCGGGCAGUACGGGCGGCAAGAGGCUUCAGUCGAACAUCAUGUUCAGGGUGAAGCCGACGAUCCGGUGGGCCGUGUCGAAUCGCACGACCCACGUGCCGGUGGAUAGCUCCGGUCUGCGAUACCGGGAGCUGCGGUCGCGGCGCAACGCUGGGGCGACGCUGCCCCCCGGGUGGGAGCGCAGCGGGGGGUCGUCGUACUUCACGCACGACAGCGAGGAGACGACGCGCUUCAAGUACCCCAUCCCCGUCGAGGACCCCCCUGAGGACGGGGACUACCCGUCCGUGCCCAACGAGGUCGCCAUGCCGGGCCCGCUGCUGGCCUUCCGCACCGACUCGGCCUUCUUCGAGGUCGACUACGACGCCACCCUGUCUCCGCGCGACGCAGACAUGAACCCCUCCGUCGCCGUGGGCAACAUCUGGUCGCACAAGAACCGCUGGGCCGGUUCGUUCCGCGCCCACGACGGCUGGCUGGGCGUCCAGUCGUCCAACUACGAGGGCGACGAGGCCCUCGAAUUCAUCGCCAUCUCCACGGCCACGGAGCGCAAAGGAUCCCACGUCUUCAACGAGGCGCAGUACAAGGCCAACGUCGGCCCGGACGAGCUCGUCGACAUUGUCAAUGUCCUCUGGAUUGAACGCAUCGGCGACAUGGCGUACCGUCGCGGUCUGGGUCAUAUCCUCCAGAAGGCUUGGGAUGACCAGACUAAGGAGGAGGAUGUUGAGAUCCUUCUUGGAUAA